CUCCUCCUUCUCCUCCAUGAGGCUGACUUGGCUCCAGAUAUAAACACAGAGCUGCUCUCUGUCCGCGCUGCGCUCCUCAGUCUCCUCACAACCAGCACGCAGUUUGCUCCCAGAGGCCGAAAAACAGAGAAAAAAAGCAGGAGGGGGACGAUCUCUGGCGCAUUCCCCAGGAUGGAGGAGGAUUCUCCAUCCAAGCCAUCUGUGGCUGAGCUGGCUGGAAGGUUCAAAGGUCAUAUUCUACCAAUGCCCACCUCAAAUGAUGAGUUACGAUUUCGAAGACGACCUCCAUGUUCCCUAAAGUUGCAAAAUCCAAAAGAUGAUAACGAAGAAUCAGAUAAAACAGUUGUCUCUCCAAAUCCUUUUAAAAUCAAGAUGAAGAACUCCCCUAUCAUUGAGAAACUUCAGGCCAAUCUUGCUUUGUCACCCACUGCUCUGCUGCCUUCACCCAAGAGUCCUGAGGCGAAGCUCCAGCCGGCACUGUUGUCCCCCACCACACCCUGCAGCCCGGUGAGCCCCCUGAGCCCCACCUUGCGGCCCUCACAUCAGUCGAGUGAAGAAGAGGAUGGCGUCAGCUUCAGUAACCCUCCUGAAGGCACCCCGCUGCCGAGCUUCAACAAGACUCGUGCGCGGCUAUCAUUCAAGAGGCGCCCACCCACGAGACAGCACAGGAGGUCAGCUGGAGAGGAGGCGGGAGCCUUCGGGACAGCUCUGUCCCCAUGUGAACUGUACAGCCCAAAAGAAAAUGGGGACAAGGAGCAGGUUUUCGACAGCCCGGCAGAGGAUAGUGGACAGCCGGCCAGUCUGAAGACAGCUGAAGAGAAGGACAGGGACUGUGAAAUAACAGAGGAUGGGGUAGCAAAGAGUGACCCAGACAACAGGGAUCCGAAGGAGGAACAGGAAGCAGAACAAGCCCAGAACUUGGAGACUCUGGAGGAGGAACAGCAGGCUUCAGAGCCUUGCCCUGACAAGCAGAUAGAGGGUGAUGUUGACACAGAAGAGGGUCAGGAGGAGAUGGCUCAGUAGGAAGACCAAGGGGGAAAUGGCCGGGUGUGAGCUGUGAAUGUUUAAAGGAAAAGCAAAUGUAUUAAUAACUUAUUCAGUUUCUUUAGAGAACUGAAUAAGAGAAAAAUACUCCUCCGAAAAAGAUUUGUUUUAAAGAAAAAAAACCUGUUUUUAAAUGUCUUGGUACCUGCUCUGUUUUAAGUCCCUCUGUCGCCCUCUCCUGGCCAUCUAUAUAGAACAGGUCUAUAAACACUGGAGGGUUAUGAGAAGCAGCUGUUCUCUGCACAUGCAAAUAAGCUGUUGAUAAUGUCUCCAUUAUCAGGCAUGAUACUGAGUCUGCAUGACCAGACUCCUGUCUUUAUGAUUAAUCUAAGUCUCUGUCGUGUAAACAGGACUUUGGAAAUACUGAACGCUGGGUUGACAAAAGGCAAAAAUAUUAGACUUCACAUAUAUGUUAGCACACAUAGAAAAAUGGUCUGACAUACCAAAUCACGAUUACUUUAGGUUGAAAUGAUGUAAUUUGCUUAUAUAGCUUUCUUUUCAUGUAUGUUGGUCUACUUCUGCUUGUCUUUUAUUUUGUAUACUAUUUUGUAUACUACAAAAUAUUUUAAAUCACAGAGCUACUAUGGAGGGGCUCAGGUCCUCAGCAGUUAUGCACAGAAAUGUUAAGAAAAUAAACAGGCUCCUUCUUAGGUAAGAAAAGAGUUGACAUUGACAUGUGUUUGGUCAAAUGUGUGGGUAAAAGGAACCAAUAUGAGUCAGUAUUGAUGGAUUAUAAUUUUUGGUAGACCUAUCAGUAAAUAGUCCAUGCUGUGUAUCGUCUCCUGAAACAAAUGUUUGCGAUGGUCAAUGCUUAACACCCUGGACAGGCUUCAGUUAGAUUAAUCCCAAAAAGUGUGAUUAUGUAUGGUCUUGAAAAGGCCCUGCACACCUACGCAAUACCCACACAGGAGAUUUAAUAGUUUUCUCUCUUCUCAGCGCUUUGUCUGUAUGUUGCUGAGCCCCUGUCGCUGGAGCACCAGCAGGGAGAGAUUCCAGUUUUUUAUGUCCUGACAGUUAGGCUGAGCGAGCAUUACCGCAUUAAAAGAGCCCCGCAGGUGUGUCUUAAUACAUAACGUUACCCAUUUUGUAGCGAUAGGCCCAUUAUCAAGCAUUUUGAGGUAAUCAACGUUGGCAGAUGUCUGCGCUCACGAGGCUGAUGAAAAGAAAAUGUCUUUAGAUCUAUCUGCAGGCAGCCUCGUCAGCGUAGCUGCUGUGAACGUCGUUAGCGCUCCCCUUGUGAGUUCUGGGAAGGUGGUGAAAAAGUUGGUUUCGAGCCCUUUACUAUAACUGUAAUGCAUCCUGCUGUACACAUACCCCUUAAUUUCCUUUAGAAUAGAUGAGAAGUGAAUUUUCUGUUUUGAUAUCAGCAUAUAUAUUGGCCGUCGGCAGCCCUGGUCUCUCUCAGCAUCGGUCGACCACUACCAUUUUGUUCAUUCAGUGGCAGCUGAUUAAAAAUGUUAAUUUAUUAGCUCUUAUUUAAAAUACAGAGUGGCUGGAAUAGUUGUUCAAAACUGAAUGGAGCAUUUUGGUAUAUUUGCCAUCAAAUUCAAGAGAUGCAAAUUUUUAAUUAAUUCAAUAUGCGCCUUGGUGGGGUUUAUUUUAGUUCUCAAGUGAAAUGAAGUCAUGAAGUGAAAUAAAUCAGACUAGAAUGAGUUUCUUACACAUUCACUGUUUUGAUUUGUUUAAUUUAUGUUAAAGGAGGCAAAGGUUGUGUGACAGUUGGUGUUUGAGGUAAUAAUAAUAUCAAUAAUAAUUUAUUAUUUAUAUGCCAUUUAUUCACAGUCAAGGCCGAAAUUAUUCAUACCCCUGGCAAAUUUUGACUUACAGUUACUUUUACUCAACCAGCAAGUUUUAUUUUGACCAGAAAUGACACAGGCUUCUCCCAAAAGAUAAUAAGAUGAUGUACAAGAGGCAUCAUUGUGGGAAAAAAAAUGUCUCAGCUUUAUUUACAUUUGAACAAAAAUGAGGAAGGCCAAAAUUAGUCAUACCCUUUGCAAACUGUCACAGUCUUUGGGAAAAUCCAAAGUUCUAUACCAUUCCAAAUAGUCCAAGCUGUUCUAAAGCAUCCUAAUUACCCUGAUUCAUUGGGAACAGCAGUUUUAAUCAACUCAACAGGUGAAAAACAGCAAUUCUCUGCAGUUGGUUUGUGGACAGUAAUGGCUAAGACAAAGGAGCUCACUGAGGACCUGCGGCUGCGCAUUGUGGCUGCUCACAAGUCAGGAAAGGGCUAUAAGGCCAUAUCUAAAUGUUUUCAAGUUCCAGUGGCUACAGUGCAAAGUAUUAUUAAAAAAUAACAGACGUUCCGCACUGUGGGAAAUCUCAGAGGACUUGGUCGGAAGCCAAAAGUGACACCUGUGCUGGCCAGGAGGAUAGUGAGAGAGGUGAAAAAGAUCACCACUAAGGCCAUCCUGGUGAAUCUGGGCUCUGCUGGAGGCAAUGUCUCAAGGCAGACAGUCCAACGGACACUGCACACUGCUGGGUUCCACGGACGCAGACCAAGGAGGACGCCACUUCUCCACAUGCUCAUCUGGACAAAGAAGAAGUUUUCUGAGUUCUUCUGUUUUAUGGUCAGAUGAAACAAAAAUUGAAUUGUUUGGCCACAAUGAUGUAUCCUUCAUUUGGCGUAAAAAAGGAGAAGCCUUCAACCCUAAGAACACCAUCCCCACUGACAAACAUGGUGGUGGGAACCUAAUGCUUUGGCGGUGUUUUUCAGCCAAUGGACAUGGGAACCUAAUCACAGUAAACGGCACCAUGAAAAAAGAGCAAUACAUCAAGAUGCUCCACAACAACAUCAGGCAGUCUGCAGAGAAACUUGGCCUUGGGGCACCAGUGGACAUUUCAGCACAACAACGACCCAAAACACACAGCGAAAGUGGUGAAGAAAUGGUUAGCGGACAAAAACAUAAAUGUUUUGCAGUGGCCCAGCCAGAGUCCUGACUUGAAUCCAAUUGAGAAUCUGUGGAGGGAGCUAAAGAUCAGGGUGAUGGCAAGGAGACCCUCCAACCUGAAAGAGUUGGAGCUCUUGGCUAAAGAUGAAUGGGCAAAAAUACCAGUGGAGACAUUCAAAAAGCUGGUCAGCAAUUAUAGGAAGCCUUUGAUUGCUGUAAUAGCCAAUAAAGGCUUUUUUAUUGACUAUUGAGAAGGGUAUGAAUAAUUUUGGACAUGCCACUUUUUGUUCAAAUGUAAAUAAAAGCUAAGAAUUAUUUUUUUCUCCCCACAAUGAUGCCUCUUGUACAUCGUCUUAUCUUCUGGGAGACGCCUGUGUCAUUUCCAAUCAAGAAAAAACUUGCUGGUUGACUAAAAGUAACUUUAAGGCAAAAUUUGCCAGGGGUAUAAAUAAUUUCGGGCUUGACUGUAUAUUGAAAUAUUCAUCGAUCUGUGACCCCAGACUCAUUCAAAGACUUCAAGGCUGAAACACAGAUCUCCCCUAACCCUAGACCCUGUUAGGGUGGGACAAAUUGCACCUUGAUAAUUCUUAUUAGUACAUGGAUUCACAUAUUUUUGCACUGUAAUUCUGUCCACUUUCAACCUGAGCAGAGGUCUGUUCAGAAUAACCAAAGGCCAAAUUAUAUUCUAUUAAACAUUAAGCAUAUUCAAUUAUUUUUAAAGGAAUGGCAAAGGAGUAUUUAUAAAAUUACAUUUCUUUAAUAUCACUAUGUAUGAUCUGAUUUGUUUUGGACAGUGUGCCUGUUCGUGAGGGCAUUAUUAUGAAAACCUAGUAAAAGUUUUAUUAAAGCAACAUUAUGUAAGAA